AUGGCCGCGACGAUGUCGACUCCUCGAUACGCAGAGGCAACGAGCCGGCUGGAGUCGCUACCUGCUGAACUCCUCGAAAGGAUCCUGCUCGAAGCGAUACGCGGAGUGCAACCCGCACUGACGGAAACAACGGUGUCUCUCAACAGACGAUGUAUGCAAGAAACGCUCAGCGGGCAAUCCCGCGCUUCCAAACUCCUCGCGCUUAGGUACGUGGGCCGCACCGUUUACAACCACGCAUGGCGCGCUUUUGCAAAAGUAAUCGACGAGACCACCUUCGACCUAUGCUCAAUGCAGAGCAUGAAAAACCUCGUGGCCUUAGCGAAUUGCAAGGAUUUGACCCCAUGGGCUCGAAAACUGACUGUCACUUCUCGCUACACCGAGCAUCUCCUGCCAGAAAUUGGUAACGUGGAAACUGGUCGAGUUUUUACGCUCGAUGAAGUAUUUGAAGCUGGCCUCUUGGAUAGGAUUCAGUCUAUCACAAAGGAUGCCCUCAACUGGUACCCGGAGCUGUGGCUGUCUUCCGAAGACUAUGACGGCAGCACUGCACAUACACUACAGGAUAGCGUUAGGAGCAGUCAGCUUUGGCAACUCGUUCUAUCGUGUCUGGAAGCUUUGCCGAAUAUAGUCAACUUCCAUUACUGCGCGAGGAGAGUAGCGGAUAGGUGCAAGGAAGUCGUUCGAGAGAUGUCAAUGACCAAGGGCUUGGGCAUCUUCUGGUAUUCAUAUGAGCACUCAGGCAUUCAAAUCGGUCAAAGCCUCCUCCUGAGCGCCCUAGCGCAAUCUAUCGUUCUUCCCAAGAGACUCGAACUCGUUACGGAGAUGAACGGAUUACAUUGCUUCACAACGCAAACUACGAUACAAGUCAUCAAAAAGGUCUCGAGCGAAGUCGAGGUUCUGAUUCUCCGAGACGAGUUUAGCGAUGAUAGGUUUCAGCAAAAUCCACCCCAAGCAUUGUUGACCGUGGCUAUCACCAGAGACACCUUUCCAGCAUUACAUACGCUCGUUCUGGACGGCUUGGUUCAGCACAGUACCCUCGGCGGCAACAAUUUGGAGUCACCGCUUCCAUCGGCCAUGGACUUACCCACUGUGGCGAAUCUCGUGUUCAGAGACACCAAAGUCGACCACCUGAGGCUAGUCAAUUUCAUCGCUCUGUUUAGAGAAACGAUUCGCCAAAUAACGUUCGUGGACAUGUACAACGACAACUACAAGUCGAUAUUUGAGCUUUGCCAAAAUCUCAAUCUCGAGCGCUUGGAGAUUACUGAUGGUUAUGGUGACGACUCGCUUGACGUUAUGCUCAUCACAGACGUUCCGAAAGCAUUCUUUUAUGGUGCCGCAAAGACUGUUGUUGUCGAUCCACCAAGGAGUAUGCGUGCUCUCGCUGAAUCCUCUGCCAAAAACGAAGACAAGGAUGCCCAAGAGUAUCCGAAAUAA